AUGACGCAAAUAUCAAAGAAUAACAACAUAAAGACCCAUCCGAGUGUCAGGAUUCGAGGUACAGAGACCAAUUUCAACCCCGUCCAAUGUUUAGAACCAUCAUGUCGAAACAAGAACCCACACAUGCACUGUCCAUUUUGUGUCAAGUCAGAGUCUUACCAGGAUCCAGUCAUUUUGAAGGCUCAUUAUCGUGUCAAACACGUAGAUAAAGGAAUUGAGUUUGCAGGUUUGAAAAUCUUGCGAUGCUGUGACCAUUGUGAUAUUGUGGGCAUUAUUAAAGGAGAAAAAAAAUUUAAAAGAGCACAUUGGCACUGUUACAAGUGCCGAAAUGGAUUCAAUCGACGGGAUGAAGCCAUCAAGCAUUACAAAACACACUUCCGAAAUCCACAGACAACAUUCCAAAUUCAAAUUGCACAAGAGGUGAAUCAAGUGUCUCAUUUAGCGGCAACCCACACUAUCAGUCAAGAAGAAGUGACAAUCCAUCCAGUACUUGCAGAUGCUGCUAUUUUGUCAUCACCAAAUACAGAACAGCACACCUUUGUUACAAGAACGACGGGCAGCAAUGUGACAAAUGGCAAGUCAAGUGACGGUGCUGUCCAUGUGUCUGUAGCUGCAAAUGAAACGCCUUUCUCUUUGCUUUUCCUUUCUCUUUGCUUUUCCUUUCUCUUUGCUUUUCCUUUCUCUUUGCUUUUCCUUUCUCUUUGCUUUUCCUUUCUCUUUGCUUUUCCUUUCUCUUUGCUUUUCCUUUCUCUUUGCUUUUCCUUUCUCUUUGCCUUUCCUUUUUCUUUUCCUUUCUUUGCUUUCUUUGCUUUUCCUUUUCCUUUUCCUUUCUCUUUGCUUUUCCUUUUCCUUUCUUUCUCUUUCUUUUUCCUUUCUCUUUGCUUUUCCUUUGCUUUUCCUUUCUUUGCUUUUCCUUUCUCUUUGCUUUUCCUUUUCUUUGCUUUUCCUUUCUCUUUGCUUUUCCUUUCUCUUUGCUUUUCCUUUCUCUUUGCUUUUCCUUUCUCUUUGCUUUUCCUUUCUCUUUGCUUUUCCUUUCUCUUUGCCUUUCCUUUCUCUUUCCUUUUUCUUUUCCUUUCCUUUUUCUUUUCCUUUCCUUUCUCUUUUCCUUUCCUUUCUCUUUUCCUUUCCUUUCUCUUUUCCUUUCCUUUCUCUUUUCCUUUCUCUUUCCUUUUCCUUUGUGCAGAUUUUUCUUUUCUUCAUCGUGAUGUGGCAAUUCUUGAUGAUAAAAUAUCCUCUGAAAAGCAAUAUGCCCUUCUUCAGGACAAGUAUGACCAAUUGGUGGUAGAGAAAGCCCAAAUAGAACAAGAUUACAAAACAGAAAUCAAUCACCUCAAAUUGCAGAUCCAGAUUUUAAACAGAGAUUUGACAAACUAUCAAAAAAGAGAGCGAGAAUUACUGGGCCGCCUCUGCCCUGCAGCUGAAAAAUCCAUCUCCGAGAUGAUCCAGCAAAUGGAGGAACAAUAUCGAAAUCUCCUCGACUGCCAUCUUGCUCAGCUUCGUAGCACCUAUUUGUCGAGUUUACCCUCUACGAGUUGCAGCACAAAUAAUGCAGAUAAUGCUAGCUCUUCCUCAAACACCGCCACCUCAACCUCCACAGAUUCCCCAGUGGCAGCACAGGCUAUUGUCGAGCCUGGCCAGACAGAGUCAAACAAUACAGUCGAUUACCACGCAACAGCUGUUGCCACCACACUGGAGCCGCAGCAAGAACAAGAUGUUGAGGUGAAUGGCACUGAUGACGUAGAGGUGCUCCAUCAACGGCAGCAACAAGAGCAGCUUGCAUAUAUUGCCAAUAAAGUUGUUGCCCGACUACAAGCAGCAAAUUCUCACAAUGGACAAGUCCAUGAUGACAUUGUGAUUAUCACGUCAUCAGACGACCCAGGACAUCAUACGCAGGAAGAAGGUGUUGUCAAUAGCGAACCCCUAAUAAUCUGCACGUCGACUGUAGAAGAGGCAGCUCUGGAACAGACAGUCAGCUGUCACACCAGUGAGCACACAGAAGAAACGACCACUGUCGUUCGUGAGGGCGACUCUUUAGAUGCUACAGUGGGAGAGGACAUCACCAAAGAGACAUCAGGAACGCAGUUACAAGUGUUGAGCAUAAUCCACACUUCCUCCUCCUCCUCCUCAGCUUCUCAGGACGCAGCUGAUGAACAGCAAAAACAUGAUGGGGAGUUGCCGCCCAGCAAACGUCUGCGCACAGAGACCUAG